CCUUUAAGCAUGCUCCAUUCCAAUCUAACUGGCCUGCUAACUGUUCCUUGAACUGAACAUUCCAUCUCUCACCUCUGGGCACUUGCAUUAAUGGUGUCCAGUGGCUGGAAUCAUUCCCCCCUCAUUUCUGCCUUUCAGAAAACUUUCUUCCAGGCUCCGCUCAGCUUUGACAUUGUAAAGCAUUGGAAAAAAAAAAAAAAACCCUGGAGACUGGCACUGAAGUAAGGUGUGCUUGAAACGACUUUCUUUUUCUGAAGAAGAAACUUUUGGGAGGAGGGGGACCUGGAAAAUGACAGAAGUGAAGAGAAAAAAGAAUAGUGUGGUAUGGAGGAAGAUAAACUCCUUCCACUGUGCAGACAUUAAACAGUGGUGUCGAAGGCGACUGCCAAUUCUGGAAUGGGCACCACGCUACAACCUGAAGGAAAAUUUGAUUCCGGACACAGUGUCGGGGAUAAUGCUGGCAGUCCAGCAGGUGACACACGGAUUGGCCUUUGCUAUUCUCUCUUCUGUCCACCCAGUAUUUGGCUUAUAUGGCUCUCUGUUUCCAGUCAUUAUAUAUGCCAUCUUUGGAAUGGGGCGCCAUGUUGCAACAGGGACCUUUGCUUUGACUUCAUUAAUAUCUGCCAAUGCGGUUGAGCGUCUGGUUCCUCAGGCCAGCCAGAACUUCACCACCUACAGCAACUCAGGUGUACUGGGUUUAUCUGAAUUUGAGAUGCAAAGGAUUGGAGUUGCUACAGCUGUUACAUUCUUGGGAGGAAUCAUUCAAGUCGCCAUGUUUGUGCUGCAUCUGGGCAGUGCCACAUUCUUGCUAACAGAACCCGUGAUCAGUGCAAUGACAACUGGAGCUGCCACUCAUGUUGUGACCUCACAAGUCAAGUUUCUCCUUGGAUUGAAAAUGCCCUAUAUCUCAGGCCCAUUGGGAUUCUUUUAUAUCUAUGCCUACGUCUUUGAAAACAUCAAGUCGGUUCAAUUAGAAGCACUGCUGCUGUCCUUGUUGAGCAUCGUGGUGCUUGUUCUCGUUAAAGAACUCAAUGAACAGUUUAAAAGCAAAAUUAAAGUUGUCCUUCCUGUCGAUUUAGUUUUGAUUAUUGCUGCGUCAUUUGCUUGCUAUUUUGCCAACAUGGAAUAUACCUAUGGAUUGGAUGUUGUGGGACGUAUUCCAUAUGGAAUUCCUUCACCCAGGGCACCCCCAAUGAAUAUCCUUUCCAAAGUUGUCAUUGAAGCUUUUGGAGUUGCUCUAGUUGGCUAUGUAGUCUCACUAGCCCUUGCCCAAGGUUCUGCCAAAAAAUUCAAAUAUUCAGUUGAUGACAACCAGGAAUUUUUGGCUCAUGGCCUCAGCAAUGUCAUUGCUUCCUUUUUCUUUUGUAUACCGAAUGCUGCAGCCACAGGGAGAACAGCAGGCCUCUAUAGCACUGGAUCAAAGACACAGGUGGCCAGCCUAAUAUCUUGUAUUUUGGUCCUGAUCGUUAUCUAUACAGUAGCACCAUUGCUUUACUGGUUGCCCAUGUGUGUUCUUGCAAGUACCAUUGUUGUGGGACUAAAAGGGAUGCUAAUACAAUUCCGGGACUUAAAAAAAUAUUGGAAUGUGGAUAAAAUAGAUUGGAGCAUCUGGGUCAGCACCUACAUAUUUACAGUAUGUUUUGCUGCUAACGUGGGACUUCUCUUUGGUGUUGUCUGCACCAUAGCUGUUGUGAUUGUGCGUUUCCCAAGAGCCAAGACACUGAGUCUGAAAAAUAUGAAAGAAUUGCAAUAUAGAGUGAAGACAGAAGUCGAGGGUGAAAAUUCACAACAGGUGAAAAUGAUCUCAAUAAACAAUCCACUUAUUUUCCUGAAUGCGAAGAAGUUUCAUGCUGAUUUAAUGAACACAAUCCAGAAGGAUAAUGCCAAUAACCAGUCACCUGAUGAUAUCAACAAGUGUGAACAAAACACGUUGCUCAAUUCCACAUUCAAUGGUACCUGUAAUGGGGAAACACCUCAGCCCUAUCCUAACGAAAAAUGUUCUGUGAUACUGGACUGCACUGGUGUGACCUUCUUUGACUAUACUGGAGUGUCUACUCUUGUUCAGGCUUACACGGAUUGCAAAAGCCAAAAUAUUGACUUCUUAUUAGCAAAUUGCACAGCUUCCUUGAAAAAAGCAGUGCAAUACUGUGGACACCUAGAGCCAGACAAACACAUUUUUUUUGAAUCAGUAUCUGCUGCAAUUGGUGCCAUCCAUUUAAAUAAGAAUUUGAGCAAAUUCAGUGACCACAGUGAAGUUUGAGGCCAGUGUUACAGCUCAUCUCCUCUCUUUAAGCAAGUCAUGGCAUUCUCAACGGGAUCUUUUGUUGUUAUUGAACUCCUGCAGGCAACACUUUUUUAGACCAAAUGUGACAAAGAUAUUCAGUAACUGAGUAAUUACUGGUCUAUUUACCAAAAAAAAGGUUUUGUUUUGUUUUGUUUUAGUGUUGGUUAUUCUUUAGCAACAUUUUAAUAGAGAAAUUAUAUGUAUAAGAAUAUCACUUUGAAAGAUGAACUUAAAAUCUUGGCCUGUCACUAUCAUUUUGUAUAUUGUUUUAAUUGUUUCAUUAAAAGUUAAUUUGCAAAGUACAGGUACAUGUUUCUCUUGGAAUAACACAUGAAAAGCCCUUGUCCAUCCCCUGUAAAACUACAGGAAGUUUUCUCUCUAGGCCAUAUGUAGCCAUUUCAACUAAGUGCCUUUCUCUCCUACAAAACAAGCCAUUCUAAAGCAGCAAAUAUGUAAGAUCAACUUUUGUUAUCUUUAUAGUUAACCAAAGAUUGUAUCUAUUGAUGUAGAUCCUAGAUUCUUAGGGUUGGAAGGGACCAGAGGACCUGAGGUCGUCUCAUCUCUGCUGCUUAAUAAACCUGGGUGACCUUGAUCAGCUCAUCUAACCUUUUGUCUCAGUUUCCUCCUCUGUAAAAUGAGGAGGCUGGAAUAGAGAGUCCCUGAGAUUCCCUCUAGCUCGGUACCUAUGGUCCUAUGAUUUUGUGAAGCAUGAAUGCUUGCUCCAACUGUGAAAGCCACUGGACAUUAAUGAGAGCAAAGAAUGAAUAAUUGUCAAGGAAAAACCCUCUCGUCCUUUCCGCCUUCACCCUGUAUCUAGUACAAUUUGGAUAGUUUGAACUGUUGAGAAGUUUGUGUAGCCAUGCAAAGGCAAAUAGAGUUAUGGGAUCAGUUACUUUAUUUUUUGUGGGCAUUAAACAGAUACCCAGGAUCUCCAAUUUCAAGAAUUACAAUUGGGGCUAUGUUGCUGUAUAAUGUAAUAAUUUCUGAUUUCGUGUAACUCUCUAAAGUUUGCAAACUAUUGUGUAUAUAGGAUCUCAUUUGAGCCCUUUCCCCUUUCUCUACAAUAUUACUGUUUCCUGAGUGAUUAGUAUCCUGAGGUUUAAGUAUUAUUAGCCCCGUUUUAUAGAUGAAGAAUCUGAGAUUCAGAAGAAUGAGGUGUCUUGAAUAUUAUGACAUGGCUACGAUGUGUCAAGAGUAGGAUAUUCAAGCCAAGCCUUCCUUAUUUGAAAUCCAGCUUUCUUUCUGCUCUGUCAUGCUGCCUAAAUUUAGUUUGGUCAGUGCCAAAGAAUGUGGACAUUCCACAUCUAAUCUUUGAGAAUUGAUAUGGGCUCUGGAAGCAAGAAUACCACCAUGAAAUUAUAUUUAUGAGUUGGAAAGACCUUUGACAUCAUCUAUGUGAAGUUGGAAAAAUAAAUUGAAACCCAAGGAGUUGAUGUGACUUUUCAGAGACCAUCAGUCUCAUAUUAGUUGUUAAUUCUUUCAUUUCAAGGAUAUCUGUAAUUCCUACAAAUAUGAGAGUUUGGGACAGAUGAUCCUUUAGGGGACUUUUCUAUUUCCCAACGGCAAUUCGCAUCAUGAUAUUUUCUUUUUUACCAGAGAAAACUUGGUAUUAUGAUGCCUUGCAAAUCCAUUGACCUGAAAGGAUAAAGGGCAAAUAACUAUCAUAAGCUAAACUGAGCUACAUAAAUUAUUCAUAUUUUGAAUAUAUAUUCACACAUAUAUAUGUAUAUAGAGCCUCACAUGUCUCUCUAGCUAUUGGUUUAUGUAAGAAGCAUAUUCAUUUAGUAAGGUAGCAGGCAUAAAAACAGUCAACACUGAAAGCUUUUGGAGAUGUAGCCUUCUUAGAAAGAACUUGGUGGCUUAGCAUAAUUCCAAAUACUUUCAAAUAAAAUAAUUAAGGAGCAGCUCGUGGAUCAGAGUAAGAGUGCAUGUUUAGAUAACAACAUCACAAAGUAAGCUAUAUAUGAGCUUCUCUAAAAGAAAAUUCAAGUUCCCACGAUUUGAUUCAUCAGAACAAAUCUGUAAAAUGAUGUGAUGCCCAUUUAGAUGCCACUGUAGUCUAGUCUUGAAUUUUUGGAGAAGAGACUAAUAGACAUGAGCUUUUUACUAUGUUAUCCAAGACAUAGUCAUGUGGUAAUGUAAAGAUGAGAUGGAAACAGAUUUGCAUAUAUUUCCAUAAAUUAAAAAUCACUUUAUCCCAGAUGACCUAAUCUCUUGAAUCUCUAUUUUGAAAUGAAAAGGGUGAAGCCAACCAAGAUCCCCCAUCCUGUAAAGCUCCCUUGAAAGCUGAAGUCUUUGCAAAUAUAAUUUGUUUGCCUUAAUGGAAAAAACUUAAUGCCAACUUUUCCUGUUGAAUUGUUCAAUCUAGGUGUAUAGAUUAAUUGACUUUCAUUUGAGAGAAUGAGAUAGAAAUGAAGGAUGAGGUAUGCAAUGGAGUGGAUUCAUCAAAGAAUCAUUCAGAAAGGUCACUAGAGAAUCUCUUUAACUUGUAACAAAUGUGCAACCUUAAUAACUAAUUCCUCUAAUGAAUGCAUACCAUGGAAAGCAUUAUCUGGUGGAGAUUAUACAUCAUGGAACCCACCAAAAUCAUUAGAGUUAGGACCUAGGUUGGUUUGUUCAAUUUUGUGUAUUAAUUAUGAUUGAGUGUAUUCGGAGCAGUUGUACAUUUGAGUAUCAUCCAUCUUUGAGGAAGAAAGUAGAAGGUAUUAAAAAUAAAUAAAUGAAUUGAGGCAAUGUUCCAGAUCCUGUAUAUAUUUGAAGUGAAAGCAGGCCAAAAUGAGUAAGCUCUUUUAGUAAGUUUUAGGAAUAGAGAGGUGAAUGUUGUUUCUCUUCCAUGCCAUUGAGUCUCCAGAACCUUGACAUAUUGAAGGGGAGAUAACACUUCAACAGAAGUGAGUCCUGAGAGACCAACAGUUCUGCUUCCAUUUUAGGCAUAGAUCCAACUUAUUAAAUGAUAUCAUUUGAAAUGUAAUUUUUGGUCCUAAUUCUGUAAUGAGUGCGUAUCCACAGUUUUUUUUUUUCUUUUGAGUUGACCUUACUUUACCCCUACCUCUUCUUUCCCCAAUGACAAAUAACAUUUCUAUCAAACAUUAUGGGGAAGAAAAAUCAGAAAAAGAAAAUAAAACUGACCUAUAAGAGUAUUAAGGACAUAAUAUGAUGAUACUUAAUUUGUAAAGAAUAAAAUAUGUAACAAGGGGAAGACUGUUCACAUUACACUUAUGCAAAUUAAAUGUCUUUAAUGUUCAUCAUUUAUCUUCUGUUUUAAAGGUUAUUUGCCCCCAAUUAUACAAUAUAAGUGUGGUGAGGUCUGGCUUGAGCAGUAAUUUAUUUGACAGAUAUCCCAUCUAAAAAUAUGUAAUGAGGAAAGGUAUCUUCCUUGUUUAAUGAAAACAUUAAUGUGUCAAUAGCCUAUAUGGAUAAUGUUUGACAUUUAGUAGUUACAAAAAUAAAUUAACAAGUUGAACAUACAAAUGCUGGGGAAAUGUGCAUUCUGUGUUCAGGUGGAAUGAUGAUCUCAUUCUGUACAGAAUAUGCUUUCUUGGCAGUGAAUGUGGUGCCAGAUUUCAAAUAGGGAGCAAAGUAGGGCUUUUGCAAUCCAAAGGGUUUUUAGUUAAGAUCAUAUAGUCUAAUACUCUGCACUUUUUUUGAUGUUUAACAAUACAUUUAAUUUUUGUAUAAUUCUUUGUAUAAUGCAAUGUGUAACACCGAAUUUACUUGGAAAUAAAUUGAAAUAUGAUAACUC